UUUUAAGCUUACAAAAAUUUAUUGAAAUCAAACACACUUAUAACUGAAAGUACUAAGCUGCAAAUCCUACACAAAUUGCAGCCUAAAAUGGAUACCAGAGUGAACUUUAGGAGCAAUCUACAAUUAAAUCCUCUUCCGGAAGGUAAUGCGACACCGUAUCAUAGACAGUGAAAAAGAGAAAGGAAAAGACAAAAUAAAAAACAGUAGCGCCACAGUCAAAAAUCUGUCUCCUUUCAAAAACAAAAAUUUGAACUGCUCUUAGAUUUAACCACUUUUUUAGAUCCAAACUGGUGAUUUGUGUUCUUAAUUUACUAUCCUUUUCAUAACAAUUACAAAUGCAAACAAAUUUCAAACUUAGAAAUUGCUAGCUAUAGUUUCUGUAAAAAAAAUGGAGUUCACGGAAGCUUAUAAACAUACAGGUCCCUGUAGUUUCUCUCCCAAUGCCAGAUAUAUAGCAUUCGCCGUCGAUUACCGUUUAGUCAUCCGUGAUACGCUGUCGUUUAAGGUUGUGCAGUUAUUUUCGUGUUUGGAUAAGAUAAGCUAUAUAGAAUGGGCACUUGAUUCCGAGUAUAUCCUAUGCGGUCUUUAUAAAAGACCGAUGAUUCAAGCAUGGUCGUUAACACAGCCUGAAUGGACUUGCAAAAUUGAUGAAGGACCAGCUGGCAUUGCUUAUGCUAGAUGGAGUCCCGAUAGUCGUCACAUACUUACUACGUCGGACUUUCAAUUGCGUUUAACUGUUUGGUCACUGCUUAAUACGGCUUGUGUUCAUGUUCCGUUGCCUAAACAUGCUUCGAAAGGCAUUUCAUUUACCAAGGAUGGGAAAUUCUCUGCUAUUUGUACGAGGCGGGAUUGUAAGGAUUAUGUUAAUUUGCUUUCGUGUUAUACUUGGGAGAUAAUGGGUACUUUUGCUGUUGAUACAUUGGAUUUGGCUGAUAUUGAGUGGUCAACCGAUGAUAGCUCUAUAGUAAUUUGGGAUUCACCUCUUGAAUAUAAGGUUCUAAUUUAUUCCCCAGAUGGGAGGUGUCUGUUCAAAUAUCAAGCAUAUGAAAGUGGACUUGGUGUAAAAACUGUUUCAUGGUCUCCUUGUGGGCAGUUUUUAGCUGUGGGUAGCUAUGAUCAGAUGUUUCGGGUUCUAAACCACUUGACCUGGAAAACUUUUGCUGAAUUUACGCACCUAUCAACUGUCCGUGCUCCUUGUUGUGCUGCUGUGUUCAAGGAGGUGGAUGAGCCAUUGCACCUGGAUAUGUCUGAACUUAGUUUAAGUGAUGAACUUCUCCAAGGCCAUUCUGAUGCUGGGGAAGGACACUUCGGAGUCAGAUAUGAGGUGACAGAUCUGCCUGUUACUCUGCCUUUCCAGAAGCCUCCUGCUGAUAAACCAAACCCUAAACAAGGAAUAGGUCUCAUGUCAUGGAGCAGCGAUAGCCAGUAUAUCUGUACUCGUAAUGAUAGCAUGCCAACUGCUAUGUGGAUAUGGGACAUGCAUCAUCUUGAGCUUGCUGCCAUCUUGGUGCAAAAGGAUCCUAUCAGAGCAGCUGCUUGGGACCCAACAUGUGCACGACUAGUGCUUUGCACGGGCAGUUGCCACUUGUACAUGUGGACUCCUGCAGGUGCAUACUGUAUAAGUAAUCCACUUCCACAGUUCAGCAUAACUGAUCUGAAGUGGAAUUCAAAUGGAAGCUGUCUUCUCCUCAAGGACAAGGAAUCAUUCUGCUGUGCUGCAGUUCCCCUAUUGCCAGAAUCUAGUGAAUAUAGCUCCGAUGAUUAAAAUCUCUACUUAUGGUAAAAAAAAAAACGUAAAAAGGCACCUACGAAUACGAUCAACCAAGCAUUUGCGACUCUCAGUUUUGUUUCUGUAAUAUGCUGUAUAUGAGAGGCUUCUGUUUGUUGUAGUUUGGACUGUACUGACAGUUCUGUUUUGUUGUAAAUUUACUAUGCAUAGCGGUAGUAUCCUAAAAUGAGAUUCGAGAUGGUGCUGGACGGAUUAGAUGUUAACCAGUGUGUAGUUAUGUUUGAAACUUGAAUACAAAAGUUCCAUGGAAA